UUCUCAUUCUUCUAUGCAUUCUGACAAUUGACGUGAAAGAACGCAACGGGGCCUUCCAAUCUUUAGGCAGAUGUAAAGAAAAGUAAGCGGCCUUCUUAUGAAAUUUACCACCAACUUCCCCGCCAUGUUGAUCCAAAGCAGCAAGCCGUUCAGCGCCCCCAAGCACCAGGGCAAGACGAAAUGUCCAGUUUACGCCCUCUACGUCAAUGACCUACCGGACGAGGUGCUCAUCAGGAUCUUCAGCUUCUUCAAACCCAUCGAAGACGACCUCCCGGUCCUCGCCAUGGUCUGCCGGAAGUGGCGCAGAAUUCUGCAGACGACGGGUCAGCUGUGGCGUGACCUGUACAUCAACCCGUCGGUGUACGAGUACUACCACUUCAGCAUGGUCUGCUGCGUGUUCCGUGUGUACGGCUUCCACGUCCACCGACUGACCUGGUACAAGAACUCCCCCGUCUACGAGAGCAUGUUCGCCCUCAUCCCCAGACUGUACAACCUCCGGUACCUCAGCCUCCCCAUCCUGUGGACGCGGGCCGUGGUCGAGAACCUGCAGAACCUGAACCAGCUGGAGCACAUUCAGAUCAACGGCGGCUUCGCCCUGACGGACGACGACCUCGAACUCAUCUCGGAAUCGUUCCCGAAUUUAAAAAACGUCUCGCUGAACGCUUGCUGGAGGGUCACCUCCACCGGCGUGGACAGUUUUCUUUCGUCGCUGGACCGCCUGGAGACAUUCAAGUUGAAAAUCAACUCAGGGCUUCCGCUGCACGAUGUCAGAAGCGAGCAAGCCAUGAGGGAGGGCGGCCAUAUCGCCCACGCCGUGUCGGAAACAUUGCACUCUCACUGCCUUAGUGUCAUGUGCCUUCAUUUUGUGCCGAUUGAAAUGGACGAGCUUUGGACGGUGGUCAAGCGACUGACCAGUCUGAGGAAACUCAGCAUUAGCAAUUGUGAGGUAAGAAGGAUACCCGUUUAAGAGUGGCUGGCUGUUUUAUAUUUAAAAAAAUAUAUAUAUAUUUUAAAAAGUCUGGUAAAUAAAGUAAUCAGAUAGCGAUAGAGAUGGUUAAACCACACCGUCAAGGCAAAUUUAAAAAAAAUGAAAUCGCUAAAUGAAUUGAUAUACUAUAUUUAAAGUCAAAGUUUUUAGAAUCAAACUGGCGCUAUGUAUAUCCACGUGUCCAGUUCGUACAGGAGAAAACACAACUCUCCGGGAACAAGUAACUUUGUUUUAGUUAUUGUGAAUUUAUUUUAACUGAUCGCUGGGAUACAAUUUUUUACUCAAAAUAGAAGCUGUGUUCAUUCACUCCUAUUAAAAUAAAAACAAUAAUAAAGUUGCCUGACUUGAUUGACUCCUCUCAUAAAAAGGUUCUGAUCCUAUCAAAUAGGUCCCCAAAAAUAUAAACCAGCAUUCUUGAAGUUUGACAGUACUAAAAUCUGUGUUGACAAGUCUAUAGAUCUCAUCGUCUUGUUUGUACGUGCGCGUUGGCUGUGCCGAUAUUGAAGUUUUCAUACUAAGCGUAUGUCAAGUUGAAGUUAUGACCCGAAGGUUUUUAAUAGUGUUAUAAGAAACGCUCACCAUUUAUUUCAUCAGCACAAGUUAUCCUAUAGAUAAAACUAUUAAUAUUAAUAAUACCCGUACAUCAAAUAGGAAAAGUUACUACAAAGAAUUUGACAUUCCACGUUGUCACUCCUGGAACGGAAUUCUGGCAUCGCGUUUUGUAACAUUGUUACAAUGUGGCGUUACGAAAUACGUCAUUUAUCAAAUGAUAUAAUGUCUUUUCCUAAAAUAAGUUGGUAUUGGUAAUCAUAAGUGAGAACGAAAUGGAUUAGCAAAUAAAGUACUGCGAUGGUCCACGCUUCUUAAGUUUCGAUGUCUCCAGAACAUCAUAAAGUUAGGGUAAAACUCACCGCAACGUUUCAUGGACAUCUUGCGUCUCUCAGUGUUAUGAACAUCUUGCAUCUCUCAGUGUUAUGAACACAAUUCACCGUUGACAUGAAAUCAUCGAAAUAAAUAGACCGCAACGUUUCAUGGACAUCUUGCAUCUCUCAGUGUUAUGAACACAAUUGACCGUUGACAUGAAAUCAUCGAAAUAAAAUCUCUCAGUGUUAUGAACACAAUUCACCGUUGACAUGAAAUCAUCGAAAUAAAAUCUCUCAGUGUUAUGAACACAAUUCACCGUUGACAUGAAAUCAUCGAAAUAAAUAGAUACACGUGACGGCAAUAGUCAGAGUAACCGCCGAUACCCGGAGUGCACCAACCAUUUUGAGAACCGCAGCUUCUGAUGUGUUAGCUUUACCGUUGCAGGUCAGUUGUGUCUUUAGUACCCGCAGGUCACACUGGCGCUCUAAUCCCAUUCAUCGGUGUAGAACACAGAAACAGUAGGCCUCUAAUACAUAGUAGAUAAACUUCGCGUCAUGCAGUCAUGCUAUGGUAUCAUCAAUGGUAUGUAGUUAUAGCUUCGGUGGUGGUGGUGGUGGUGCAUUGUUUUACUUAGUUUAGAUCAAUGUUAUUCAAGGUGAUGGCCUGCCGGCUUGCAUCGGUCUGCAAGUAACCUGUCAGCAAAAAAAAAACAAAACAAAAAACAAACAAACAAACAAAAACAAAAACAAAAAACAAACAAACAAAAAACAACAACAAAUCAUUAAAAGCUGUAAGAAGGUCGGAAGAGACCAAUGCUCAAUAAAUGGGGAGCACACAUCGCUGCUGCUAUAUUAUUAUCGCGAAUUCCUACCGGUAAGUCAAGUCAAACUAUCAAGAAGCACUGAAUAGAUAAGGCUCUCAGUCCACCAGGGAUAUGCAUUUUCAGCGCAAAUAGGGAUUUUUUUAAAGGACAUAUUCUGUACGUUUGAAUUUUCUCUCACCCACCAUCCAUUUACAGUUGUUUAAAAAAAAUAAUAAUUAAAAUGCAUUGCUUUAUCAGGCUUAUUCCACUAUUUAAGGCCUUAAGAAGUCCGAAUUAUUUGAGCAGACCAAAUACUUCCACUGCCGUAGCUAGGGUUAGUGCCGCCCGGGGGGGGGGGGCGACCUCCCCGCCCUUCCCUACGCCAGUGAGUACAUGAUCUUUAUUUGGAUGUGCAAGAAAAUAAACGUAAAGGUUGAUCCUGCUCUUGUUAUCCCACCCUGCUUUAUCAGGCUUAUUCCACUAUUUAAGGCCUUAAGAAGUCCGAAUUAUUUGAGCAGACCAAAUACUUCCCCUGCCGUAGCGAGGGUUAGGGCCGCCCGGGGGGGGGGGGGCGACCUCCCCGCCCUUCCCUACGCCAGUGAGUACAUGAUCUUUAUUUGGAUGUGCAAGAAAAUAAACGUAAAGGUUGAUCCUGCUCUUGUUAUCCCACCCUGCAAUGAUUCAACCUGCUCAUGAACAGCAUGGGAUUAACACAGCUGUUAGGGAAUACACUUUAACACUGGGGCUUACUGUGCGCUCUUAGCGUUAUCAUCAUCAUACAUCUGGCCAGAUUGUUCAACAUACUCUUAUUUCUGGGCCCCAGGCAUAUUAUAAUUGUGGGCCCCCAUGAGUUUAAAAAUAAUUGUAUCAAACGGAAUUGUAUCCGGAAAAAAAAUUCGAAUGGCUUAUCGCACUACGUCUGCACGCCCUAUGAUUGCACUCAGUAAACAUUACGUUUGGAUGGACAUUUAAAAAAAAAUUAUGAAAAUAUCUUAAAUCGGAAGUGAGGCUCUGCAGUUGCAAUUUAUUGGUUAAAAAAAAUAUAUAUUGAAAUAGUUGGGCGCAUUUUUUGAAGAAUCGUCUUAUGUCGUGUUAUGUCGUCUUAUGUCGGGUUAUGUCGGGUUAUGUCGUGUUAUGUCGGGUUCAAGUACAAAAAGUAAAAAUUACAUCGAUAAUUGUUUAAUAAAAAAAAAAAAUGAAUCCAUUUAUUUAAGGGCCACCCAUAACUGACGCCCGCUGUUUGCGGCCAUAAUUUAGCCCCUCUCCCCCACCCCCUCGUCACAAAUUGGACACAAAGAUGAAGGGGCCCUCGCGCUACAUCGUCGCAAACUCGUGAUCGCCGCCCCCCCCCCUUCUCCUUUAUUUUCCCCAAGAUACGUGACGUCAUUUAUUGUGGGGAGUUUGGCAAAUAUUAAAUCAAUCUGGACAAGCAGACGAUACAGCCCGGGUUUUUCCCCGCGCCAACUCAGCAAGAAAUUUUACAUUUGGCGCAAACUACGAAGCCGUUCCUUAUGUUGUGGUAGAUUUUUCAGUAGUUGUUGUUGAUGUAGUUGUUGUAAUUUUUGUUGUUGGAUUUGUUGUUGUAAAUUUUGUUGUUAUAGUUCUUGUUGUUGUUUUGUUUUAUGUCGAAUAACUGGUUUAACAUGGGCUGGUAAAAAAAUGUGAAAAUUCAUAUAAGACAAAGAUAAGAUUAUUUAUUGAUGCAAAUGAAGGGAAUUUGUUACUGUUGACAUUGUACACAUUCAUGGUUUAGAACAUUAACAGAUCCACAUUUUGAACCAAGAAUACAUUUUAUAAUUAUAACAAUUUAAACAUUGUGGAGGGGUGGGAGGUGGGGGGUUGGGGGGGGGGGAGCACGCUGGUCAAUUUGUACAGAUUGGAAACAAAAUAAUUUAAAAAAUCUUUUUGUCCCAAUUGUAAGAGAAAUAAAUCGCCCUGAUCGAGCUGAUCUUAGUCAUCGGUGGUGAGGAGGCUGGGGGUGUACCACAGUGACGUAGCUAGGGUUGGUGUCAACUGUGCGGUUAAACACCCCCCCCCCCCCACGGAUUCCAUGACUAUCGUCUGCAGAUACUGGGGUGUGAGAUUAACUUCCUCAAGCAGAUGAGCCCAAAAGGUAAAGGUCGCAGAUAAACGUGAAAGCAAAGACUGAAUAUUAGAAAAGACCUUGUGGUGUUUGGCAAUCGUGGUCACGUGUUCAGGGGGGCGGUGCUGGUAAAAAAUCAACGAACAUAUUAAUUUUUGAGCAAUUGUUCCACAGUGUGGGGGCUUUUUUUAAAAAAAACUUUUCUUUAAAAUUAAAUUUAAAAUAAAUUAAAAUAAAUUUUUAAAAGAAAUUAACCAAUUUUGUAAACUAUUGUUUUAAAGACCCUAUAAAUGGAUACAAUUCAUGUUUUAAGAUUUUUUAAAAUUUUUACCAAUCGAUUCAUUUACUUAGAAUCGCCCGACCAUAUCGUAUUUGGUAUCAAAGGAAAGUUUUAUUUCUCAGAAUGUAUAUAUAAAAUGUGUGUAUAGAUAUAUAUAGCUUCGUGUCACUUACGGAAGUUAACCGCUCAUAUUUUUUGAUGCAUCAACCUUGAACUUCGAAUAAUGCACGCACUUGGAUUGGUUUCAUGUGUUGGGAAUGUACGUGUGAUCGGUUAUCCUUUAACGAAAUCGUUUAGACAGAGCAUGUUCUGUAAAAUUGCACUUUUUCAAGAUGGUGUUAUCCCCCCCCCCCCUUGUGAUGAUUUCAUCCGGUGCGGUCCGCACCCGUCGCACCCCCUAGCUACGCCACUGGUGCAUCAUCUCAAGAUUGGUCUCAUGUGGUUAUCCUUUAACGAAAUCGUUUAGACAGAGCAUGUUCUGUAAAAUUGCACUUUUUCAAGAUGGUGUUAUCCCCCCCCCCCCCUUGUGAUGAUUUCAUCCGGUGCGGUCCGCACCCGUCGCACCCCCUAGCUACGCCACUGGUGCAUCAUCUCAAGAUUGGUCUCAUGAUGGGACAGUUCUUAUUAUUUUAAAAGCAAAAAUUUUGGUCUUGUUUGUGAUAGUGUCAGCAAACCGUAAUCCCCUAAUGUAAGACGAAUUCUGAAGUAACGUCAAAGUAUUAAAUACAUUUUUCUGUUUUUUUUUAAAAUGAAAUUUAGUGAAUUAAUUGGACAUUUUUUGGGAUGACGCCCUUAUGAUUAUUGCCAUGUUAGGUGUUCAUGACCAUUUGAAGGUUGGGGGGGGGUGAAAUGUACAUUUAAAGUUUCACAAAGUAUCGGUUGUAAAUAAUUAAUUAUCGAAUAUGUUGUCCACAAUUACCAUCAAGGCUGUUGGGCCCAUUUCUGAUUUAACAGAUGAGUGCUCUACCACAAUUAACAGCAUCAAGACCAUCGCGCCCAUAUAUGACUUAACACAUAAGCGCCUUACACGUGGAACAAACAUGGCGCACACAAGGGGCAGGUAACCCAUUCAUGGGAGUAACCGAAACAAAAACUCCAUGGGAUUUCAUCACAGGAGCAUGGUGACGUGGCGGAGCGCGUGACAGGCAUGCACGCGCCUAUGAGUCAUCAACGCGAUCCUUAUCGUCUGCUUGUCCAGAUUGAUUCAGAUAUCCGAAUUCAACGAACGUACAUUUUAAUUUAAUUGCUAUAACAUGUUGUUGUUGUUCCACGUAUUACCCUUGAAUAAUAAGCCGCCUAUCUUUCUGUCAUUUUUUUUUUUAAACCACAAACCAAAAAUAAAUACAUCACAUAAUAUUAGCAUAUGCUACUUAAAAUAAUCCACGCCCUCCAUGAGCACCCCCUCCCACCCCCCACCCCCAACCGAACUCGAGUUUAUGUCAACACGGCUGUCAGUCAAUCAGAUAUGACAGCGGUAGACAUGGAGCACACAAUAAACUCUCUAAUUACUCAAAUCAAUGUUGGCUGAACAAAUUUGUUUUGCUUCAAUUCCACGCGUGGUUGAUAUCCGUAAUCCAGGGCUCCCCAACCUGGAGUGCUUUGAAACCCCCCAGGGGUUUGCGAGAUGGCAGUNAAAAAAAAAAAAAAAAAAAAAUCCCCCCCCCCCCCCCCCCCCGCGAUGCAACGAAACAGCGAAUUUGAAGUGGAUAUUUUAUUUUCCGAAUCCUUCCGAUCAAUACAUUGCAUCGUCCACCGUCGAACUCAGCGCCUUCAGACAAUUUCAUGACGUCAGCGUGACAUAUAUUUUCGAACACAGGGGUUCUCAACCGUUUUUUUUUAAAAACGAUUCCUUGUUCUGGCUACCAAUGGUAUCACACAACAAUCCGUUACCAGCUUUUUUUUGUUUUUUUGUUUUUAUUUCUUGCACACCCUCAACGCCUGAAAGGUUCAGAGAAGUUUUUUGUAAUAAAUGAUUUCACAAUAAACCUGCUGUCGGGCCAUACCUGCUGGUGACACACGGCACGCUAAGUGUUAGGACGCAAUGCUCUUAAGAGGAUAGCUCACUUCCUUAUUCGAAAAAAUCUUUAAAUAUAUUAACCUUGAACUAUUCUAGCAGUAACCUAUUCAUUAUGUAUGGAUACAAUCGGCUCUUGCAAAAUCUAAAAUGAGUUAUUAUUGAAUCUUGAUUAAAUGAUGUUUCAUUAAACGAAUUCAAUUACUGACUGAGAUUUUUUUACAACUUGAAAUAAAGGGGGGAAAAUAAAAAUAAAGUGAAACUUCAACUGGUAAAUACUGGUAAAUACAAGCAUUUUCUUGGAUUUGAACAGUUGCGUGGAAAAGGUAUAGGUGGGAAGGUGAGAAGCGCCACGGGGGGGGGGGGGGGGGGGGGGGGGGGGGGGGGGGGGGGGGGGGGGGGGGGGGGGGGGGGGCACUUUAUAAAUAUAUAUAUCGUAUUUAUGGGCGUAUAACACGCACGUUUUCUCCCUGAAAAUACGGGGCAAAUGAUGUGUGCGUGUUAUAAGCCGAUAUAAUGUCUAGUUGUUUUUUCCUGAAAUUUCCUUCUUAAAAUGAGGUGCGUGUUAUACGCCGGUAAAUACGAUAUAUAGAAUAAGGGACGGCUUUUGGCCAAAUGCAGAGGGUUUUUUUUUUCCUAGGUGGGUGGCGUAACUUCUUGACCCACCCCUGGAGGCACUAACCCUAGCUACCCCAAUGGAUUUGAAGAAAAAAAAUAUUCAUCCUGUGAAGUUUUCAAUUAUUUUUGAAAUGACAUGUCGUGAAAAUUAAUUGUUUCAUGAAGAAGGAAAGCCGCAAGUUUAAGAGAGCCGAAGGAGUCAAUGUUCACAGAAGGUAAAAAAUACUUGCACCGUAUGCAAAUGUCUCUUUUUUUUUUACAGAAACUACUUGCACCGUAUGCAGAUAGCACAUUUUUUUUACAGAAAAUACUUGCACCGUAUGCAGAUAGCACAUUUUUUUUACAGAAAAUACUUGCACCGUAUGCAGAUAGCACAUUUUUUACAGAAACUACUUGCACCGUAUGCAGAUACCACAUUUUUUUACAGAAACUACUUGCACCGUAUGCAGAUACCACAUUUUUUUACAGAAACUACUUGCACCGUAUGGAGAUAUCACAUUUUUUUACAGAAACUACUUGCACCGUAUGCAAAUAGCACAUUUUUUUUACAGAAAAUACUUGCACCGUAUGCAGAUAGAACAUUUUUUUUACAGAAAAUACUUGCACCGUAUGCAGAUAGCACAUUUUUUUACAGAAACUACUUGCACCGUAUGCAGAUAGCACAUUUUUUUACAGAAAAUACUUGCACCGUAUGCAGAUAGCACAUUUUUUUUACAGAAAAUACUUGCACCGUAUGCAGAUAGCACAUUUUUUUACAGAAACUACUUGCACCGUAUGCAGAUAGCACAUUUUUUUUACAGAAAAUACUUGCACCGUAUGCAGAUAGCACAUUUUUUUAGAGAAACUACUUGCAUCGUAUGCAGAUACCACAUUUUUUUACAGAAACUACUUGCACCGUAUGCAGAUACCACAUUUUUUUACAGAAACUACUUGCACCGUAUGGAGAUAUCACAUUUUUUUACAGAAACUACUUGCACCGUAUGCAGAUAGCACAUUUUUUUUACAGAAAAUACUUGCACCGUAUGCAGAUACCACAUUUUUUUUACAGAAAAUACUUGCACCGUAUGCAGAUAGCACAUUUUUUUACAGAAACUACUUGCACCGUAUGCAGAUAGCACAUUUUUUUUACAGAAACUACUUGCACCGUAUGCAGAUAGCACAUUUGUUUUAGAGAAACUACUUUGCACCGUAUGCAGAUACCACAUUUUUUUACAGAAACUACUUGCACCGUAUGCAGAUAGCACAUUUUUUUACAGAAACUACUUGCACCGUAUGGAGAUAUCACAUUUUUUUACAGAAACUACUUGCACCGUAUGCAGAUAUCACAUUUUUUUUACAGAAACUACUUGCACCGUAUGCAGAUAGCACAUUUUUUACAGAAACUACUUGCACCGUAUGCAGAUAGCACAUUUUUUUACAGAAACUACUUGCACCGUAUGCAGAUACCAUGAUUUUUUACAGAAACUACUUGCACCGUAUGCAGAUAGCACAUUUUUUUACAGAAACUACUUGCACCGUAUGCAGAUAGCACAUUUUUUACAGAAACUGCUUGCACCGUAUGCAGAUAGCACAUUUUUUACAGAAACUGCUUGCACCGUAUGCAGAUAGCACAUUUUUUACAGAAACUACUUGCACCGUAUGCAGAUAGCACAUUUUUUUUACAGAACCUACUUGCACCGUAUGCAGAUACCACAUUUUUUUUACAGAAACUACUUGCACCGUAUGCAGAUACCACUUUUUUUUUUACAGAAACUACUUGCACCGUAUGCAGAUAUCACUUUUUUUUUUUAACGAAACUACUUGCUCCGUAUGCAGAUAUCACAUUUUUUUUACAGAAACUACUUGCACCGUAUGCAGAUAUCACAUUUUUUUUUACAGAACCUACUUGCACCGUAUGGAGAUACCACAUUUUUUUUACAGAAACUACUUGCACCGUAUGCAGAUACCACAUUUUUUUUUACAGAAACUACUUGCACCGUAUGCAGAUAUCACAUUUUUUUUUACAGAACCUACUUGCACCGUAUGCAGAUACCACAUUUUUUUUACAGAAACUACUUGCACCUUAUGCAGAUACCACAUUUUUUUUUACAGAAACUACUUGCACCGUAUGCAGAUAUCACAUUAUUUACAGAAACUACUUGCACCGUAUGGAGAUACCACAUUUUUUUUACAGAAACUACUUGCACCGUAUGCAGAUAUCACAUUUUUUUUACAGAAACUACUUGCACCGUAUGCAGAUAUCACAUUUUUUUUACAGAAAAUACUUGCACCGUAUGCAGAUAUCACAUUUUUUUUUACAGAACCUACUUGCACCGUAUGCAGAUACCACAUUUUUUUUUACAGAAACUACUUGCACCGUAUGCAGAUAUCACAUUUUUUUUUACAGAAACUACUUGCACCGUAUGCAGAUAUCACAUUUUUUUUACAGAAACUACUUGCACCGUAUGGAGAUUUUUUCUUUUUUUUCUUUUGGAUUCAUUUAAACUAUUGUAAAUGCCCAACAACAAAAAAUGCCUCCUAUCAUAUGAAUUGAGAUUCACUGAAAUUAGGAAUGUUACCGCAUGCGCUUAAAUUUGUGUGUGUGUGUUCGAACAUCAAAGAAAGCACCGAACAGCUUAAGACUGGGGGCCAACAUUGACAUAUCCGAUGUAAAUCUUACAUCAAACAUAAUUUUUAUGACGUCCCGGGCGACAGCAAUUUUGUCAACAGUAUUUUUUUGCUGGGAAUAUUGUUUAUUUCAGAAAUGGGCAUUGUGCGCAAAUGAACUCUUUUUGUGAUCAGUGAGUUGGAAAUGGGUGGAGUUAUCAUUGAUGGAUACAGUUAGUGGACAUUCACAACUCUCCCAGUCCAAUCACCCAGAGGCGUAGCGAUAGGGGGGCAGGGUGGGGACAGAUGUCCCCGGGCGCCAGCUAGUUAGGUGCGCCAAAAUGUGCUUUGAUAUUAUUUUAUUGAGGAAAACAAUGGGUUUGAGAGUUUAAAAAACAAAAAGGGUCGCUUUAAAAUGUAUUUGUCCCCGGGCGCGAAUCUUGUCACCGGGCGCCAAACACCCUCGCUACGCCUCUGCAAUCACCACACACACACACACAAAUAUAUAUAUAUAUAUAUAUAUAUAUAUAUAUAUAUAUAUAUAUAUAUAUACAUUGCCCUCACCCACUUUUAUCGUGUUUUUUGUACUCCACCAUUUUCUUUGCCGAUAAUAUCUGUGUCUAUUUUUNAAUGUGCUUUGAUAUUAUUUUAUUGAGGAAAACAAUGGGUUUGAGAGUUUAAAAAACAAAAAGGGUCGCUUUAAAAUGUAUUUGUCCCCGGGCGCGAAUCUUGUCACCGGGCGCCAAACACCCUCGCUACGCCUCUGCAAUCACCACACACACACACACAAAUAUAUAUAUAUAUAUAUAUAUAUAUAUAUAUAUAUAUAUAUAUAAAUCCAUUGCCCUCAGCCACUUGUAUCGUGUUGUUUGUACUCCACCAUUUUCUUUGCCGAUAAUAACUGUGACUAUUUUGAUGACGUCAUCUCGGUUGCAAUUGUUUCAUUGCAAUCGCCACCAACGUGUCAUCGUACACCUUCCCCUAAAGUGUCCACUGACACCCGCCACAACGUGUCUCUUACACCCGCCACAACGUGUCUCUUACACCCGCCACCAAGGUGUCCUCUUACACCCCCCACCAAGGUGUCCUCUGACACCCGCCGCCAAGGUGUCCUCUGACACCCGCCACCAAGGUGUCCUCUGACAUCCGCCGCCAAGGUGUCCUCUGACACCCGCUACCAAGGUGUCCUCUGACACCCGCCACCAAUGUGUCCUCUGAUACCCGCCACCAAGGUGUCCUCUGACACCCGCCGCCAACGUGUCCUCUGACACCCGCCACCAAUGUGUCCUCUGAUACCCGCCACCAAGGUGUCCUCUUACACCCGCCACCAAGGUGUACUCUUACACCCACAACCAAGGUGUCCUCUUACACCCACAACCAAGGUGUCCUCUUACAUCCACAACCAGUUGCAGUUGUGUAGAUCACUUCAAUACCAUUGUAUAGCCUAUGAUGGGAGAUGUUGCUACAUAGGGAGAUCAUUCACAGGUUUAGAAUAUAUCUCUUAUAUGUUGUUGUGCCACUCAGUGGCGUAACUAAAGUUGGUGUCGAGUAUGGGCGGGCCAAGAUUUUUUACACCCCCCCCACCCCUUAUGAAAAAACUAUGCCGUUUUCCAAAAAAUGCCGCCCCUCACUAUAAAGAAAAAAACAAACCCUGCGCCCUACGCACCUCCGUCCUACGUCACUGAUGCAACUACGCCACUGAUGCAACUGGACCCAUUGGGAGACAACCUGUGACAGGAAAAUGUCAAUGAUAUGAAUUGAUCCGUGCACUGGCCAUGCAUGACCCGCAAUCAAUAUUUUAUGGUUUAACUUUAAUGGCAGAGUGAGAGAAGUUAAAUGGUAGACAAGUUCCCUAGCCACUAAGAGACAUAUUCCAUAGCCACUAAAAGACACGUUCCAUAGCAACAAAAAGACAUGUUCCAUAGCCACUAAAAGACACGUUUCAUAGCAACUAAAAGACAUGUUCCAUACCAACUAAAAGACCUGUUCCAUAGAAACUAAAAGACAUGUUCCAUAGCAACUAAAAGACAUGUUCCAUACCAACUAAAAGACAUGUUCCAUACCAACUAAAAGACAUGUUCCAUACCAACUAAAAGACAUGUUCCAUACCAACUAAAAGACAUGUUCCAUACCAACUAAAAGACAUGUUCCAUACCAACUAAAAGACAUGUUCCAUAGCAACUAAAAGACAUGUUCCAUACCAACUAAAAGACCUGUUCCAUAGAAACUAAAAGACAUGUUCCAUAGCAACUAAAAGACAUGUUCCAUACCAACUAAAAGACCUGUUCCAUAGCAACUAAAAGACAUGUUCCAUACCAACUAAAAGACAUGUUCCAUACCAACUAAAAGACAUGUUCCAUAGAAACUAAAAGACAUGUUCCAUACCAACUAAAAGACCUGUUCCAUAGCAACUAAAAGACAUGUUCCAUAGCAACUAAAAGACAUGUUCCAUAGAAACUGAGAGACAUGUCCCAUAAGCCACUAAGGGACAUGUCCCAUAAGCCACUAAGGGACAUGUCCCGUAAGCCACUAAGGGACAUGUCCCGUAAGCCACUAAGGGACAUGUCCCGUAAGCCACUAAGGGACAUGUCCCGUAAGCCACUAAGGGACAUGUCCCGUAAGCCACUAAGGGACAUGUCCCGUAAGCCACUAAGUUACAUGUCCCGUAAGCCACUAAGGGACAUGUCCCGUAAGCCACUAAGGGACCAUAUCACAUUUUAAGAUACUACAUUUCAAAUCUGCGCAGCAUCUCCACGGGAUUCGCCUGGUCUCCGACUCACUGCACAAGUUCUACCUCUUCAACCUCUGGAACGUUCUGUUCGUCAGCGUCGAGACCCCGGAGCUGCGCCACAUCACCAUAGACACCGGCAUGGAGUCCAUGGAGCACCUCGAGAUUUUCGCACCGAGACUCAGGCGGGCGUGCAUCAAUGGGAGCAAUGUGCUGCGUACUCUCAACAUCAAGGUAAGGCCCCUACCAUUUAUACAUCCUCUGCCUUAGGGGCCGCCCUCAUUGGGAAACCACUGCUCUAAAGUAACCAUUAAUAACUGCACUCGACCAUGUGACAAUGCGUUUUUUUAAAGACAUACAUUUAAUGCGCAUCUUAUGUAGACUUCCCCAUAACUAUUUUUCAGAAGGACAAUUUGUUAAGACGGAGUGGCUCAAGAAGAAACAGCCCCCCCCCCCCCCCCCCNGAUGUAAAAAUGGCAAGGAAAUCUGUACCCCUCUCUCUCUCCCUACCCCUCUGUCUCUCUUUCCCUUACACACCCCCCUCCCUCUCUCUCUCUCUCUCUCUCUCUCUCUCUCUCCCCCCCCCCAAGUUUUUCGCUUGGCAUAAGAAUAUGUUCUUUAAGGAAAGAAGUUGUUCAAGUUUAAAAAAAAUCCUUUCUAAAACUUAUCUAUAAAAAUGUUUCAGAGUGACAAGCUCAGUUUUCUGGAGCUCUCAAACUGUGAAGUGCUGGACAUGAGGAACUUGAGGGAGCAGUUGAAGAAAAACUCGAGCCUGGUGUGUCUCAGGGUGGGCUGUCUGAGUCAGGACAGCCUGCUGUUAGACGAGGACGUCAUCCCAAAUUUGCAGGUAGAUAACCUAUUCUCGAUAUCUUUUAAUCAAGAAAUGAACAAAAAAUUAUUAAUCGGAGAUUGUAUCUUAAUUGAUCCCCGUCUCUCACUCUCCUUCACUCUCUCAUGCUCUCUUUCACUCUCUCAUGCUCUCUUUCACUCUCUCAUGCUCUCUUUCACUCUCUCAUGCUCUCUUUCACUCUCUCAUGCUCUCUUUCAUUCUCUCAUGCUCUCUUUCACUCUCUCAUGCUCUCUUUCAUUCUCUCAUGCUCUCUUUCACUCUCUCAUGCUCUCUUUCACUCUCUCUCCUUUUCACCGUCUCUCUUGCACACGCUAUCUCUCUUUCACUCACUCUUUCUCUCUCUCUUUCAAUCACACAUACAUUUUCAAUCUUUCACGCUCUCUCUAUCUCUUUCAUUCCCCCUCUCUCACUUAAAAACCCCCCACCCCAGUAAAAAAAACAGAAAAUUUAAAUUAGAGAAGCAUUGCCCUAGAUAAUGUCAUUUCUCUCAUACCCAACUCAUAGCUAUAGAGUCAUAGAUGGCGCACCAUAGUGAGGCCGCUCACACAAGUAAAGCUCUCGCAUGUAACAAUACCAACAAGUUUGCCAAACAUACUCAACUUUCAACAACAAGAACAACAACAACAACAACAACAACAACAAAAACAAAAAAAAUCUACCUAUGUAAACCUUGUACCACCAGGAGCUGUGCAUGCUGGGAGACUUUGCGUGCGAGGCCGUCCACCUGCGGAGCCCCAGCCUGAGACUGUUCCACACGGACGCCGACAACGACCUGAUCACCCUGAACCACAUCUACAUCACCGCCAACCACCUCUGUAAGGUGGCUCUCAUCGGCAUGCCGGCACUGAAGACAAUGACCAUCCAGGUGCGUACCGGACCUCUGUGCCCGGACCUCUGUGCCUGGACCUCUGUGCCCCCAAGCAAUAGUUUAGUUGUUGUUUGUGAACGGCGUUACAGAUUUAGUACUUAUUGCCGUAAAUGCUCUUUGAAUUUUGAUCAUGAAAUUUGCGUUGUCGUAAAAGAACCACACACAAAAAAACCCCAACACCCUAACAUCUUAAAAAACACGUUUUAUUUUACUUUUAACGAACACACUUGUCUGUGUUUGCCAUUUACUCUCCACAUAAACGGUCAUUAAUAAAAACAAAAUAGAAAAUACCCAACUUAUGAAUAGAAUGAGCAUCGAUAACAAUUAACAAUACGCUAUCAAUAAGUUGAUAAAAUGGUCUACGAUUUACCAAGCAGACGUAUAACAGUUGAAAACGCCCCUACCCCACCCCCCCCCACCAAAACACCACCUCUUCCGACCAUUUUUUACAAAUUUAAAUACACACAACUAUUGAAAGAUAUAUUUUCUAUCAGAUGAAUGUACUUAUUUGUACAUCAACUUAUGAAUAGAAUGAGCAUCGAUAACAAUUAACAAUACGCUAUCAAUAAGUUGAUAAAAUGGUCUACGAUUUACCAAGCAGACGUAUAACAGUUGAGAACGCCCCUACCUCCCCCCCCCCCACCAAAACACCACCUCUUCCGACCAUUUUUUACAAAUUUAAAUACACACAACUAUUGAAAGAUAUAUUUUCUAUCAGAUGAAUGUACUUAUUUGUACACACGGACUCCUACGAUAACUGAUGGGUUAAUAAUGCAACAGUUACAAUUAUUGUGAAUUUAUUAAGACACUCAGUUAAUAAAGAGCAAUGCUAAAUUUGCUAUUGUUUCAGCCAACAACUUGUGACUCAUUUAUGUCAUAUAGUGUAUUUUAACCAUGUAUAGUGUAUUAUAUCUAUAUGUAGUGUAUUACAUAUGUGUAUAGUUUAUAAUAUCUAUGUAUAGAAUAUUAUAUCUGUGUAUAAUGUACGUAUAUGUAACUGUGUAUUUCAGUGUGUCAGUGUUGAUGCCAUCGAGCUGAAUCUUUGCAGUGACGACCAGCUGCAACUGGACUCGUGUGUCAUCCAAGCCCUGAGCUCCAUUGGAUUUCUCAGGCUCUUCGACUGCAAGGUGAGCCAAUGAGCCAUAAAGUCAUGUAAUCAUACAGGCAGAAAGUCGCAGAGAGUUUUCAUCAUACAGUGAUGUGAUCAUAGAGUGAUAAGAACAUAGAGUGAUUUAUUCAUAAAGAGAUAUAAUCAUGGGGUGAUGUUAUCAUAAAGAGGUAGAAUCAUUAAGUGAUUUAAUCAUAAAGAGAUAUAAUCAUGGGGUGAUGUUAUCAUAAAGAGGUAGAAUCAUUAAGUGAUUUAAUCAUAAAGAGAUAUAAUCGUAGAGUUUGCUUACACGUCCAAUGAUAACGCGUUCACUGAUAACACGUCCAAUGAUAACACGUCCACUGAUACACGUCCACUGAUAACACGUCCACUAAUAACACAUAUACUGAUACACGUCCACUGAUAACACGUCCACUGAUACACGUCCAAUGAUAACACGUCCAAUGAUAACACGUCCAAUGAUAACACGUCCAAUGAUAACACGUCCACUGACACACUAUCUAUAACUAUCAUUGUUAGCGACUGUUCGAAAAAUUCAGUUCAACUGUCGUUGUUAGUAAAUGUUCGAAUGAUUCGGUUCCAAUUUUCAUUGUCAGUAAAUGUUCGAAAGAUGUAGUUCAACUGUCAUUGUUGUUAAAAUGCUCGAAAAAAAUUCAGUUCAACUUCCAUUGUUAGUAAAUGUUCCGAAAGAUUCAGUUCAACUGCCAGUUACCAACCCCAAUGCUAGUAUUUUGCCUCAUAUCAACAUUAGCACAUCGGAGCGCCAUUACGAUUUAAGUAAUAGUACAGUGCUACAGGGAGUCAACCCCGCAACUCAUCCAGUCCACUCGCCCAAAUAUUUUUUUUACUGACCAUCUAGGACAUUUUUUUACUGACCAUCUAGGACAUUUUUUUUUACCGACUAUCUAGGACAAUUUUUUUACUGACUAUCUAGGACAUUUUUUUUACUGACUAUCUAGGACAUUUUUUUACUGACUAUCUAGGACAUUUUUUUACUGACUAUCUAGGACAUUUUUUUACUGACUAUCUAGGACAUUUUUUUACUGACUCUCUAGGACAUUUUUUACUGACUAUCUAGGACAUUUUUUACUGACUAUCUAGGACAUUUCUUUUUACUGACUUUCUAGGACAUUUUUUUACUGACUAUCUAGGACAAUUUUUUUACUGACUAUCUAGGACAUUUUUUUACUGACUACCUAGGACAUUUUUUUUUAAUGAAUGAAAUCAGAUUACGUGUGAUACUUUCUUUGUCAAACCUUCUGAUAUAAGGGAUAUAUGUCAUUUAUUACAACGCUCGAGGUGAUAACACCUAAGGUUAUAGUUUUUAGAUGAUGUGUUCACCAAAUCUAAUAAGAGAGACAAGCGAGGUAACAAGACGGAUAGUCAUAUUGCCGCCCUUUCAACAUCACCUGAACACAAAGAUGGCCGCUGAGAAUAUUAACUAAUUGAAUGUUGUUUUUGAUUCGCAGGUUAAUCUGUUGUCUCUAACAACACCGCUGGCCCGAACGGUCGUCCUGUACAGGUGUCACGUGACCGACUAUGCUUUACAGAUGGCGCUGCACGGCUGUCCCAACAUCAGCCACCUGAACUUGGAGAAGUGCCGAAAUAUUACGAAGGUAAAAAAAAAUGAAUAAAGCAGGCUUACUUUGGUGCACCAGUUGAUAACCUAGAAGAAGAUAAGAGGCCGAUAGAUUUUGUCUAGCGAAAACCACAGCACAGCCUCAUCUCAUUGAACCCAAAAUAAAUUUAAAAAUCAAAAAGAAGUAUUAAUAAAUUAAACGUGCAUAAAUCUGUGAUAAAUUCUUUCAUUGUUUUCAGUCCUUAAUAUGAACUUGGCUUUUGUACGCGUGCUGCUUUCUAUCUGUCUGGGUGUCUGGCAAAAUCUUCCGACGGCUAACUUCCCGUCAACCUUUCGUGCUGAAACUUGGCACAUAGGCUUGUGGCCGAUGACAACACAUUCUUUCAAAUUUUCAGCCGCCCCCCCCCCCCCCAAAAAAAAUAUAAAAAAAUUAUCAGUUUUUCCUGUUUUUCAAGGGGAAGAUGAAAGGAAUAUGCUGCCACUGAUUUCAAGAAAUACAAUUUACCAUAACUUUGGGUUUUUUUGUUUGUUUGUUUGUUUUUCUUUUGGUUUUUUUUUUGAGCUGAUGAGGUGUAAACUUGAUAAAAUAAUUCUUGAUUGACCUCGACCGUUUCAGGUGUCGUUAGGCGCCCCACCACUCAAGUUCCUCAACAUGUUCGGCUGCCGAGACAUCCACAGGAUCCAGCUGGACUGUCCGCAGCUCCUGGCCAUCAACCUGGGGCAGUGCCCGAACGUCAAGCUGUACCUGGCCGGUGUCGAGCAGGAGGUCAACUCGGAAUGCGACGGCGUCCAGGUGGUCAAGCCGUGUGAGAAUGUCCGGUGGAGUCAUGACUACCCCCCGCAGCUGUAUGUGUGUGGCUGACCCCGCCGGGGGGCGGGGGGUUGGAUAGGAUGACGUUGGAAGAAAUUGUUUUAAAAGAGACACGUUGCCGUGUCAUUGCCGUGUCAAGUCAUAGACUUCCUUAAAGCCACUGAUGGCCUAUGUUUGUAUUGUCUUCCAAAUCAAGGUUGAUGAAAUCUUUUAGGUGAUCUAACAACGAAGACCGCAAACGAUGUCGUUAGGAGUAGAUGUGCUGGUAGACGAUGACAUCUUAAUGUCAAGAGAGAGAUGGAAUGAGGGGGAGAUAUAGUGAGAGGAAGAGAGACAG